AUGUGUAUAAAGAGUAAAUUUAAAGAAAAUUAUUUAAGUUUGUUGAAUUCUAUGAAUAAUGUCUUAUUUAAUAAAAACCCUACUAAUCAGUCAAUAGGGGAAGUUUGUAAUGCAUACAAAAUAGAAUCAAAUGAUUUAUCAAGUGAGAUAAAAAUAGUAAAUAGAUUAUUUAUAAAUCAUGAAUGUGAUACAAUUAUAAAAAAGAUAAAUUAUAUUAGAUCUAAAGAUAUUCAGACGGGAUUCCCAAAUUAUACAAAUAUAUUAAAGAUUUUUUUAACUAUUCCUACAAAUACUGCAUCUAAUGAACGCAGUUUCUCAGCUCUACGAAAAUUAAAAACAUACUUAAGAGUCACAAUGAGUCAAGAGCGAUUGAGCAGUUUAGCAAUCUUAUAUAUACAAAUAGAAUACCCUAUAGAUUUUGAUAAUAUAAUUGACAAGUUUGAUGCUGAGGCUUCAAAUAAGAGGUCGUCGUUUGACACUGAAGUAGUGAAGUUGACAAAUACCUAG